CAGAGAACGAGAGAGAGAGAGAGAGAGAGAGAGAGAGAGAGAGAGAGUGCACUCAGGUGUUAAACCAUCUGACAAGGAGGUGAACCAUGGAGAAACCAAGACAGAAUUGGUUAUGAAAUGUUAACAGAAGUUGGACUUUUCGGACAUUAAACAUGGAUGAAACUGUGAGUGGGACAUCAGAACUUCAAGAGACAGGUGGUCUACAGAAUAGAUCCAGGGAGGAAGAAGACAGGAUCUCAGAUGUGGUUGUUCCUGUGUCUGACGUUCCUGUGGAGGGGGAUGUGGAGACUGGAGCACAGAACUCCAGGGACAGCCGUAAACUCGAUUGUAUCAUCUGCUACAGUGCGUAUAAUCUGGGAGAGAGACUCCCUCGGAAACUGUACUGUGGACACACAUUUUGCCAGGCCUGUCUGAGGCGUCUCGACACACUCAUCAAUGAGCAGAUGUGGAUCCCCUGCCCACAAUGCAGGCAAAACACUCCCCUACCUCGCGGGGGCGCCACUGGACUGGACUUGGACCUGGCCGCGUUUCUGGGCGUUAAAGCUGAGGUGGAAAACCAGCGAACGUACACCCAGAAAGUACAGAUGGAGACCAAGUCUUCCUUUAUAAAGCAGCCAAUCACAGAUCAACCUCCCUCUGCCUGGGCCAAUGUAGCACUGACGGAACACCGUUUCCAGAGGUGUCCAUGCUGCAAACACUGUCUGCUCUGCUGCUGGUGGUGCUAGUUUAAUUCAGCUCAUACAUCUGCUUCUUGCCAGAGACAGUAUAAAAGGAGAGUAUGGACUACUUGUAGAAAAAUGACUGGGAAUGAAUGAGAGAAACGAUCAUUAUGGCGGCUGUAGGAAUGGAAGUCCAAACUUUCCAUCAAAAUUGCAUUAUAGUUGAGUUCCUCUAGAACCAGAACCAGUCUGAAAAACAAUUUUUUUAUUGUGACUUCAGCUAAAGUAGUAAUAUUUACAAUACAGUCGUUGUCAGAUUUUAUUGCAGAUUUGAAAUAUGUUCCUUCAAAUCUUUAGCUGUCACUCUAGGGUUCUUUUGUUUUUACCUCAUUAAGCAUUCUGCUGUGUUUUUUUUACUUUGAGUCAUCUUGGCUGGUCGGCCACUUCUAGGGAUAAUAGCCACAGGACUAAAUCGUCUCCAUUUAUAGACAGUUUGUCUAACUGUGGACAGAUGAAUAUCUAAGCUCUUCGAGAUAACUUUGUAACCCAUUCCAGCUUUAUGUAAAGCAACAAUUCUUGAUUUUAGGUCUUCCGAGAUCUCUUUUUUGCGAGGCAUGGUCCACAUCAGCAGAUGCUUCUUGUGAAUAGCAAACUCAAAAUGUUUGAGUGCUUUUAAUAAGUCAAAGUAGCUCUAACCCACACCUCCAAUUUUGUUUAAUUAAUUGGAUGCCAGGUUUGCAAACUCUAAUUUGCUUUUGUUGACAUCAUCAACCUAGGGGUUCUCAUACUUUUCCAACCUAAACUGUGAAUGGUGUAUUCAAUAUGAACAAGAAAUAUACAAUAAUUUGUGUUAUUAGUUUAAACAGAUUGUGGUGUUUUUUUUUUUUUGUUUGUUUGUUUUUUCUAUUGUAACUUAGAUGAAGACCAAACCAGAUUUUAAGACAAUUUUAUACAUAAAUAGAGUAGGGGUGUAACCCAGAUUUCCUGGCCAAAUUCCCCCAUUGGCCCUUUUCUAUCAUGGCCUCCCAAUAAUCCCCAUCCAUUAAUUGGCUGUAUCACUCUACUGUAUCCUCUCCACCAAUAGCAGGUGUGUGGUGAGUGUACUGGUGCACUAUGGCUGCCGUCGCAUCAUCCAGGUGGAUUCUGCACACUGGUGGUUGUUAAGCAGAGUCUUCUGUUCACUGUGUAAAGCACUUUGAGUGUAAUGUCAGAAAAGCGCUAUAUAAAUGUAACGUUCGUUCAUUCAUAAACGCAAGUAAUUCCAAAGGGUUCACAUACUUUUCUUGCCACUGUAAAUUUUCUUUAUUCUUUAUGUAUUGUGAUUAAAAACAUGGAUAUAUUACUUUUAUCUGCAUUUGACUUGCACAACAGCUCUAGCCUCAUCGUAAGUAAAGACCACAAUGUGCUGUGUGCAUUUGUGGGCUGGUUAUGGAUUCAUGUUGUCAGUUAGAUCAUUGUUUGGUUCUCAAAGUUUUUAGAGAAGCUGGCCGAUACUGUGAUCGCUUCUCAGCCCUAAUAUGAGCAGCAUGGUGGAAAGGGGUAUGUGUGUGUGGCCGUAAACUAAAGAACUGCUACUUCUGUCUUCCAAAAGU